GGUUGUGUUUGGUUCAAUUUUUCAAAUAUUUAAUUUUGAAAAAAGUCAUUUUUUAUUGAAAUGUUUGAUAACCCCUCAAAAUAGCAUUUGAAACACUCUCAAAGUAUAUUUUAAAUAGUUUUGAUAUAAAAAAAGUCUUUAGUAAAAAAGAAAAAGAAAGAAAAAACAGUAUUUCGAAUUUAUAAGAAAGGAAGGAGAGGAGAGCCAUAACAAUCGUUGGUUUGAUUGUUUGUAAUUAGAGGAAUCUGCCCUCCCUCCACCCUAUACCCAAAAAGGGAAGCUUGGGCUCUGUCCUUUCUCUGUUUUAAGUCACUGUGAAAGGAUAAACAAAACCCAAAAGAAGCAACGUGUUUUAUUAUAGUCUAUGGUCCCAACUUGUUUCAGACAUGCACAGUAGCCCUAUGACAUCAACUGAUAGUAAUGGCAUCCUUCCAAAACAAACUUCAAUUUUCAAUAAAGUUAACAUAAAAAUGCUUCAAAAGAAAAAAAAAAAGUGAUAAGAGUAACAUUUAGGACUAAAAAAGGCUGAAGCAUUGACAAAUUAUUCAUUCAUAUCUGCAAAGAAGAAGAAAAAAAGCUAGAUGGAAGAACUGAUUCGGGGAUGGAAUUCUGUUUAGUAUGGAGGUAGAUAUUUAUCCAAUUUCAAAUAAGGCUGCCUAGCUAUCCAGAAGAGUAAAAAAGAUAUACAAAUAAAUAUCUAACUACCUAUCUCAAAACCACUACAAUUUGAAAAUGAUUUCUCCAUUAAUUAAGUUUCUUAUUAGAAAGGUCUUUCUCUCCAACUUACUUGCAGAGGUGUGUGGUUGUUGAGCUAUCUCACCACUCUUGGAACUACUCCCAUUUAUUUUAGAAACACGCCCUCUCCUUCCUUCUUUCCUUUCACCCUUCUUCUAUUCUUUAUAUCCAUUCUUGCUUGGUGCUGCCAAGUGCCAAACCCUCUUUACCUCUCUGUCUCUCUCUUUCUCUCUCUGUGUCUCCUAUGACCCAACCAGCUGGAAGUUUGAGAGGGUGAAAGUCUUUGCCUUCAUUAAUUUCUGCCUCUCUUCUUCUCUGAAUUGACUUAUACAAAAGCUGGUGAAUAUUUUUCUUCAAGAAGGGUGAGAUUUGAGAGAGUUCUGCACAAAGCCUAUCACAGAGAAAUUAGUAUAUUAUAUAUGGAGAGCAUUGAGAUGGAGACAGGGAGAUUAACAGCAGAAAUGGAGCUCAAGGACUCCUCCUCCAUCCUCACUAGAAUCCGGCAACGCUUGCCGGACUUUCUACAGUCAGUCAAGCUCCAAUAUGUCAAAUUAGGAUAUGGGUAUUCAAGCAACUCUGCCACUACUCUUAUGUUCCUCGUCAUUUUGCCUCUGUUUAUUUCCAUCGCUAUUCAGCUUUCCGGUUUCAAACUCUUCCGGGUGUCUGAGUUACUGCCGACCACAAGAUUUCAAUAUGGGAUUGAUGCAACUACGGCCAUAGCCGGUUUGCUAUCGAUACUUCUCCUUGGCCUCUACUGUUCCAAGCCAUCCACGCCGGUUUAUCUGGUGGAGUUUGCCUGUCAUAAACCAGCGGAUGUAAGGAAGAUGACGGUGGACAGCUUCCUGGAGAUGAGUGCAGAGAGCGGUGCCUUCCAAGAGGAUGCCCUUAAGUUUAUGUCGAAAGUAGCAAAACGAGCCGGUCUUGGCGACGAAACCUACUUGUCGAGAGGAAUUACUUCUCGGCCGCCGAAUUUGUGUCUUGACGAAGCACGCUUCGAAGCGGAGACUGUAAUGUUCGGCGCACUCGAUGCUCUGUUCGAGAAAACCGGCUUGGACCCGAGCGAAAUAGGAAUUCUAAUCGUCAAUUGCAGCUUAUUCAACCCCGUACCAUCGCUGUCCGCCAUGAUAGUGAACCAUUACAAGCUUCGAACCGACAUUAAAGCCUACAAUCUCAGUGGAAUGGGGUGCAGCGCAAGCCCUAUCUCGAUUACGCUCACGAAGGACCUUCUCAAUGCAAACCCUAACACGUACGCUGUCGUUGUGAGCACCGAAAGUAUAACCCUAAAUUGGUACUUCGGUAACGACCGUUCGAUGCUGAUCAGCAAUUGUCUGUUUCGGAUGGGAGGAGCCGCCGUGCUGUUAUCGAACAAGCACAGCGAUCGAUCCCGGUCAAAAUACGAGUUGAUUCACACGAUUCGGACUCACAAAGGAGCUGACGACGAAAGUUAUAAUUGCGUUUAUCAGAAAGAGGACGAGGAAGGGAAAGUUGGGGUUUCACUCGCGCGCGAAUUAAUGGCGGUUGCAAGUGAAACAUUAAAGACCAACAUUACGACUCUAGGUCCUUUGGUACUGCCAUUUUCAGAGCAAUUCGCCUUCAUAGUCUCUAUGUUGAAAAAGAAAGUACUGAAAGCAAAGGUGAAACCCUGCGUACCAGAUUUUAAGCUCGCAUUCGAGCAUUUCUGCAUCCAUGCCGGCGGAAGAGCGGUGCUGGACGCUCUGCAGAAGAACCUCCAACUGAGUGAUUGGCACAUGGAACCCUCGAGGAUGACACUCUACCGAUUUGGGAACACAUCGAGUAGCUCCUUGUGGUAUGAAUUAGCAUAUGCAGAAGCAAAGAAUCGGGUCACGAAAGGCCACCGUAUCUGGCAGGUGGCAUUCGGAGCCGGAUUCAAGUGUAACAGCACAGUUUGGAAGGCGCUGAGAGAAAUUCCGGCGACCGAGUGCGACCGAGUUAACCCAUGGAUCGACUCAAUUGAAAACUUUCCGGUCAAGGUUCCUGUUGGCUAAUAAUCAUAGCGUCUAAAAUGCAGAGUUUUCCAUCAACAAAUCCACGUGGGACAUUAGAACGGAUGUGGGUCCUCUCAUUUAAAGAGAAAAAAAAAAAUUGAAGUUUACUUAUUAUUUUAUUUCCAUUUUUUUAAUCAGUUUAUUUAUCUCUCUUUCGGCUAAAAAGAAAAACGUGAAGAAAGUAUGUGAAUACUUUAAAAAUGGUGGAAAAUCAAAUAUUUUAGGUUAUUGUAUUUUCGCA